GACUUGGGCUCCGUUCUGUCGCUGGUGGAGAAUUUCACCUCAAGCCUGAUCCUUUCCCGGCCAAGGUUGAGCUCCAGCGUAGAUAAUUCAGCAUUACAUCCAGGGAGGGAAUCCCCGACGUGCGGAAGAGGGCCCUCCGGCCUCUCCGCAUGCUGGGCGGAGUGGAACCCGUCCAAGGAGCCGUUUAUCCCACUGAGAUUAACUUGGGCCCACAAAGUUGUUUACAACGCUUCGUGCUGUGUUUGUGUCGCUUUGGACUAGGGAACAGAGUGAGUUGUGGUAAUUGGCCUUCCGAAAGGAACAUGGCUAAAAGUUUACGGAGUAAGUGGAAAAGGAAAAUGCGUGCUGAGAAGAGGAAGAAGAAUGCCCCAAAGGAGCUCAACAGACUUAAAAAUAUACUCAAAAUCAGCGGUGAUGUUUUAAUGAAAGAUGUUCAAGAAAUAGCAACUGUGGUGGUACCCAAACAUUGUCAAGAGAAAAUGGAUUGUGCGGAGAAGGAUGACAAUGAUGACAUGAAGAUGGAGACUGAAAUUAAGAGAAACAAAAAGACUCUUUUAGACCAGCAUGGACAGUACCCAGUGUGGAUGAACCAGAGGCAGAGAAAACGGCUGAAGGCAAAGCGAGAGAAAGGAAAGGGAAAGAACAAAGCAAAAGCAGCAAAGGGUCUGGCCUGGUAGCCUCUUAAAAACUUGAAAAUGUCAAUGGGACAGAUGUUUGAUUAAAAUGUUGUGUGCAUUGAUUUCAUGGGGUAAAAACUUACGUUUCCAACUGGGCUUACCUUCUUCAGCUCAGACCCUCAAUAACUUUUUAAAUUUCCUUUGAUGAGUCAAAGCUGUACUGAUGUUUUAAUUGAAUGUUUUCCAGCAUCCAGGUAUUAUAAGACAUCACAGUUCUGUUAAAUAGUCACAUGAUUGUAAUCAUUCUCACAACUUGGUUGUUGACAUCAGUAAAGAUAAAACAAAUGAUACACUAUUGAACUGACUGAACUCAUAUACUUAAAAUGGUAUUGUAAUAUUUAGCAGUAUGACACAAGAUGUUAUAAACAGUAGUUGCUUGGUGUUUCUAAAUUUGUAUAAUUCAGAAUAAAAGAUAUUUUCUGUGUAGAUACUGAAGUUUGAUCUUUGUAUAUCCAUAGGGUUUUCCAGUGCUAGAGAAGAUCAGAUUCUUAAGUUUAAAAAA